GAUUCAUAUGAUCCAUUGGAACAAUAAUGAGUGUCUCUGAUUCAUGCUUGCAUUCAACAUUCGGUUAUUUGAACGAAAAACUGAUGUUUUUUUUCUUGUAAAACUCAAUAUUAAUUUUGUUCAAUUUUUUUUGUCAUCAUCCAUGUUUAUUAUAAUUCUCAGGUUUCAUUUUGUUGGAUAAAUUUUUUGUUAUUAUUGUUCACCAUUUAUCGAUUCACGAUUGUCAUUCGAAAACAAUGAGUGUAAAUCCAUUUAUGCCUUCCACACAUGGCCAUCCAAAUUUUAAUCCAACCAAAAGUGUUUCAACAAAAAACUUUUCAUUUGAUAUGCCACGAACUACGAAACAACCAAAACCACCGGAUAAGCCAUUAAUACCAUAUAUGCGUUAUAGUAAAAAAGUUUGGGAUGAUGUAAAAGCACAAUUUCCUGAUUUAAAAGUAUGGGAAAUCAGCAAAAUUGUUGGACAAAUGUGGCGUGAUCUUGAUGAGAAUGAAAAACAGAAAUAUAUUGAUGAAUUUGAGGUGGAAAAAAUUGAAUAUAAUGAAUUAUUGAAACAAUAUCAUGAUUCUCCCGCAUAUCUAUCAUGGAUUGCAUCAUUGAAAACCAAAGAAAACGAAGACCGUGAAGGUAUAAUGAUGAUGAUGAAUAAAAAGCGAGAUAAACGAUCUCAUAAUAGUAAUAGUAAUCAAUCACACAAUUCUCCACAACGAUCGGAUGGACGCUUCAGUGUGCAACCAAUGGAUGGUAGUGAUGAAAAUGAUGAAUAUUUCUCGGCCAAACAUUUAGCCGCUGCGCGUUAUUAUCGUAAUAAUAAACUUGUCAAUGACAUAUUCACUGAGACUAUUGUGCCGGAAAGUCGUCAUGCAUUCGAUGUUAAAGUACAGGUAUUACGUCGUCAAGUUGAUUCGCUAACAGUUUAUCAGAAAAAAAUGAUGGAUGAAUUACAACAAAUCGAGGAAAGAUUUCAGCAGAAAAAACAUUCAUUAAUAGAAUCAAGCGAAAAAUUUCAGAAUGAAAUGAAUAAGCGUUUUGCACCGAAUGAUUUGGAUUCAACAUUAAAAGAUCAUUAUCGUCGUACAUUGAUUAAAACGAUGGAAAUAAUGAAAGGUGAACAACAUCAUCGACAACAACAACAACAACCAUCGCAACAGCAAAAUAAUAUAAAUGGUGUUGAUGACAAUAAAUCUAAUGAAAAUCAGCAAGAAAAUACUGACAACAACAACAACAAAUGAUGAUUCACAAAAUUGACAUGUGAAUUUGUUAUGAUGAUUAUCCAAAUUCGAUGAA